AGUAAUGUGGAAGCAGAGACUCAGAACACACUCAGGUGAAGCAAAGAGAGAGGGAGGGAGGGAGAGCGAGCAGCAAUGAGAACGACAACACAGACCCAAAAGCAGAGAAAAGCAAUAAGAGAAGGAGGCUGCUGCAUCAUCCUGCAUCCCAGACAAUCAGUAUGAACAUGUCCAGCAGUUCCGCCAUGAUCCAACAGAUCUACCCUUUUCAUGAUGGUUGGAAUGUUGCUUGCUUCAUCAUCCUACUCCUCUUCAUCCUCACCAUCCUCUCCCUUGCCACGCUGGCGUUACUCUACGAACUUCUGGACUGCGGAUGCUUUGCCAAGACCAAAACAGUCCGCGACCUGCGCCGCCGGCAGGAAGAGGUGGUUUAGCUGUUACCAUAGUGACGGUUGACAUGGUUACCAU